ACCGAAGAGAAGGCAACUGUUCAUAUAACAACUGCUGAAUCAACAACGAAAGAGAAGACAACACCCUAUGACACCACUGUGGAACAAACAACGACGCAGAGCACAACGGUUGAUAUAACAACUGAAGGAUUAAAAACGAAAUCCACAACAUCUACAGUCGAUGCAACAACUGAAGAAUCCACAACUGAAAGAGAAUCAACUGUAGAUUCUACAACGGAUUCAUUAACAACGGAGGAAAGGACAACGGUUGAUGCUACUACUAAACAAUCAACAACCGAAGAGAAGACAACUGUUCAUAUAACAACCGCUGAAUCAACAACGGAAGAAAAGACAACACCCCAUGACACCACUGUGGAACAAACAACGACGCAGAGCACAACGUUUAAGAUAACAACUGAAGGAUUAACAACGAAAGACACAACAUCUACAGUCGAUGCAACAACUGAAGAAUCCACAACUGAAAUAGAAACAACUGUAGAUUCUACAACGGAUUCAUUAACAACGGAGGAAAAGACAGCGGUUGAUGCUACUAUUAAACAAUCAACAACCGAAGAGAAGACAACU